AUCUAAUGCGCAUCAACGUCACUCUCUGGUUUCUACGAGAGAGAAGGGCGCGAGAUAGAAAUCCAGGAGCGCGGACAACCUGGGCGCUCCGCUCCCUCUGGGUACAAGCUAUAAGAUUACCAUUCAACACAACAGCACCGAGCCUCCAUCACCACCAUCGACCACUUCUUAAAAACACAAAACCUGCGGAAUACAACGUUAUAAUCCCGAAUAUAUCUGCACAUGACGUGCAGCGGCAGCAGGACAAAUCACCGUCUGACCGUAAACAACAGAAACAGAGGGAAAUGUCUUGGUGGCCGCGCUGUGAGGAUGGAGAGGAUGCCAUGCACCAAGACACUGACUCCGAUGUGGCAGAACAGAGGGACGGUGGGAAAGUGAAGGUGAAAUGGACACAAGAGGAGGAUGACAAGCUCAAGGCACUUGUCCAAAAACUGGGAACCAGUGAUUGGAAAUGUAUUGCCAGCUACAUCCCAAAUCAUACUGAACACCAAUGUCAGCACCGCUGGUAUAAAGUCUUGGAUCCAGAAUUGGUUAAAGGUCCUUGGACCAAAGAGGAGGAUGAGAAGGUUAUAGAGCUUGUGAAUCUCUAUGGCAACAAACAAUGGGCAACGGUAGCCAAGCAUCUGAAGGGCAGACUGGGGAAGCAGUGCAGAGAGCGCUGGCACAACCACCUCAAUCCCAACGUGAAGAAGUCUUCGUGGACAGCCGAGGAGGACCUCAUCAUCUACAAGGCUCACUGCCUGCUCGGAAACCGCUGGGCUGAGAUUGCCAAGCUGCUCCCUGGAAGGACGGAUAAUGCAGUGAAGAAUCAUUGGAAUUCGACCAUCAAACGCAAGUUAGAGAUGGGCUUCUAUGCUGGGGAGGUCUUUAGGCCAAAUGAGCUUGAAGAGCUGUGGGCCCGUGUUAAUAAAGAUGUGCAGAUGCCCAGUUGCUCUCAAGAUGGUGCAACCAAAGACUUGGAGCAGAAAACACAGUCUUCAUUGCAUGAAACGCCACUCUCAGCCUGUGUUAAAGUCGAACCCAGCGAAGCAGGACCAUCAAAGGCCAUCUCCUGUCUUAAGAAUAGUUCAAGCCCCAAGACUGACGCAGACAUGACCACAGGAGAAAUGAGUUGUUCCAGCUGGGUGGUGGACAGCUCUGGCUUUCUCUCCCCUGCUGGCCCAGCACUGAAGGAAGUGCUGGACAUGGUGGAUGGGGACCUGGAUGGUUGGUGCAACCUAGCAGCCUUCGACUUGCCCGAGGACAGUCCAAGCCCAGAGCGCCGCCAGUUUCGUCUGGAGAGCAGCACCUUGCAGGAGUUGAGCAAAGGCAGCAAGGGGGAACUCAUCCCUAUCUCUCCUGGAGGUGUCACGCCUCCCUCCAUACUGAACCGCCGUAGCCGGAGACGCAUCGCCUUAUCUCCCGAUGCCAAUAACUCCAUGACUCCCAAGAGCACUCCUGUCAAAAUCUUGCCCUUUUCUCCAUCUCAAUUCCUCAACAUGUGGACCAAGCAGGACUCUCAUGACCUGGAGAACCCAUCUCUCACAUCAACGCCAGUGUGCAGCCAGAAAGCCAUUGUUACUACACCGCUACAGCGUGACAAAACCCCCCUCAUUCAAAAGGAAAACUCAAUAUUUGUUACACCCAACCACAAAUCUGAGCUCUGCACGACCCCACGGACUCCGACUCCAUUCAAAAGUGCCAUGGAGAAAUACGGUCCUCUGCAGCCUCUGCCUCAAACUCCAAACCUGGAGGACGACAUAAACGAGGUCAUCCUAAGAGACGCUGGGAUUGAUUUGGUGGUUGUACGCUCGACUACGCCUGAGCAAAGACGGAAAACGAUGCAUCGGCCUCCUAUGAAGAAAGUGCGCAAAUCGUUGGCUUUAGAUGUCAUGGACUGCCAGGUGAUGCCGAAAUGUAAACGCAAACAGCUCAAAACUGAACCCAAACACAGCAUCAAGGAAGAACCCAUGAGCAUUUCACUUAGCUCCUCAUCAUUUUGCAGUAAGCAACAUGAAAAUAUUUUGGACCAGGGCUUCCUUUUGGGACCAAGUGACAGUGCCAUAUUUCCCAGCACGGUGCCCCCAGUUCCGAUGUCAAAAGAAUGGGAGACAGUUGUUUGUGGACAAACUAAAGACCAGCUCAUAAUGACGGAGAAAGCAAGACGCUACCUUCGCUCGCUAAAAUCCCACGCUCCCAACCGGGCUCUGAUUCUUUCCUGAGACAUCCUGAGACAUUAUGUUACACAUAAUGUUGCUCUUUUUCCAUUACUUUUUGCUGUUGGAAGUUGUAGUGGAGAAAAGAACAUGUCAUACAUAGGUUUAGUACUGUUUUCUGAUCAAGUCAUGACCAGUCAAGCCCUGUCAAUAAUUUGAGAGAGAGAGCUGUGUUUUUAGAUUUAGUCUCACUCCAGUGGCCUUGUGUGACGCCUGAAAGAGAAAUGAAUCACAUUUCAUUGUAUUGUCACCUCAACAUGUUUGAAAAGAACAAUGAAUGUAAAGCUGAAAAAUCAUGUUUUGCUAUCACUGAAAAGACAUGGUUUUACAUUGCAUAAUGUGUCUGUAAUGUCAUGGGUUUUUAAAGUUGUGAAGAUUACAAACACUCAGGCGCUACCACCAAGAGCUAAAGUUGUGUUGUAUAAAUUGUAUAUGGAAUAAAUUCAGACAGAAGUGCAUGUAGAGACGAGGGAUCCAUGUUGAAAAUGAUUAGCAAAUGUUUAGGAUGUGUACAGAUUUAUAACAAACAUCCCAAGGGCCUCAUAUUGUUAGACAUCUGCUAGAAAUAUAACAGCAGCACACAUCAAUAAUUCAUCAAAGUGACCCAUUACUUACUGAGAUCCAACAAAAUGAUGAAUAUACUUAAAAAGAAGGUUUUAUGUUGGAUCCAGUUGUUUGAGAUGUAAUGCACUUGUGGAAGCUGUACCAGUGUUGAUGACAAGGGUGUUAUGUUACUUGGCAUUGUCUGUAAAUAUUUAGUGUUGUAUGUUUUUACUAAAUCUUAUAACAUUUUGUUAAGAAAUUUAAUAAAAUGUCAAUAUGUCCGGUGCA